AAUGAAUGCAGUUUUGAAUGAAUGCAAAACAACACAACAAUUAACAUAACAUAACAACCAUUGGGUUUACCAUUCAUUUCAAUUCAAUUACACUUAUAUUACUGUUAAUCAAAUCCCUUACUAUUGAAUCGCUUUUCAAACGCAAACUAUACUUACAAUUGAUUAACAAUUUGUGUGUUUAUUAUUACAUAACACUUGUGUCGACCAAAUCACUGCCAUUUGUGUGCAAAUAUUUAUUGACUGAUUUGUGGCCUAAAAAACAUGAUUUGAUUUUUUUGGUUCAUUUGAAUCGUGUUUUGAAUCGCCGUUUGAUUUGAAUUUACAACUCAUUUACAGUUUGUCUUUAUUUUUGCCAUUCAUUUCUGCCAUCACUGCUGAAGUACUCAUUAUCUGAUCGCACCAUGACUUUAACCACGUCCUCGAGAAAGCGCGACCGGACGGCCGCUCCCGAAGACACGGAUUAUAUACCCGUCACUAAACGGAUGAACAGUCUUCACAUCGAUGUCAUGUCCGACGGCGCAAACAAUUUGAACGACGCUCUCAUUGGCCAACAGAUCAACGGUUUGGAAAUGGAGUCAAAUCAUCACCAGAUGGAUCCGUUCGCACACCAACUGCGACAACAUCACCAGCAAUGUGUUGAGCACACAAUGGCGCACAUGAAUGGUCACCACAAUCACCACAACCACAGUGUAGUCAUCGACAAUAGCCAUCAUCACAGCCAAUGUCUAGCCGUGUAUUCGCCUGAACUGGACUCCAACUCUAACCCAAUCUAUUACGAGUCCAACCGAAUCCUAUUCGAGGCACACAUCCAAAGACUGCACCGCAUGUCCAUCGGCUGCACCGGUGGCGGCGGCCAUCACCGCAAGUCCUGAACCACAACUCUUAGGCAUAAAUAUAUAGUCAUUAUUAUUAUUACAACAAAUUAUUAUUAACCAAUUGUUUAACGCUUUUAAUAUUUAUUAUAAUUUCAAUAAUAAUAAUAAUAAUUAUUAUUUCAAUAUAUA